GACACCUCGGUAUAUCUAAAACACUGUUCCACAAUGGAUCACACACCGGCCCACCUCAGGUAGCUAAGGAAUAAAGAUGAUGCGGUUAGACGUGGAGUACAGCCCAGUCGGCGAGGGACUGGGAAUGCGCGAAUAUUGGCUGUAUGUCUGGAUGCGAAGGAUAGCAGUGAUAGCUGCACAUGUUGUUGCCGUAGGCAUUACAGUUCUAAUGUCUAUAUUGUCCCGACCAGGAUCAAGUCUCUUCUCAUGGCAUCCUCUAUGCAUGUCUGUUGGAUUCUGCCUGUGUAUGACCGAGGGGAUCCUGCUUUUCUCUACCGAAUGCUCUCCGUUCUGCUGCAAGGCCCGGAAGAACAAGGUUCGUCUCCACUGGUUCUUCCAGGCCAUACUGUUGGUAGCUGGAGGUACAGGCCUGGCCUUCAUGGUGGCGAGUAAGAAUGUGUCCCAGCUCCCACACCUGACGAGCUGGCACAGCCUUCUGGGUGUGGGUACACUGGUUGCCACAGUGCUACAGGCGAUCUGUGGUUUGUGUCUGCUCUUCCAUAAGUUUCUGGGCAAUUUCUCAUUACCUCGCCUCAGGCUUUACCACACCACCUGUGGACUCGUGGCCUACUUGCUCGCUACAGUCACCAUCAUAGCUGCCAUGUUCACGCACUGGUUCCAAACCAUUGUACAGGGUGUUGUCUGGUAUGCCUUUGUGCUGCUCCCACUUUUCCCCGCCCUAGUGGUGAUGAACCAAAUUACUAAUGCUUACCUGCCCAGGAAAAAGAUAACUACCUGA